GUUUAUUAGUACUUUUAGCGCACUAGCCACUGUUAGAAAUGGAAGAUAAAGGUUUUGCAUACACAAUCAGUGUGCCUAAGCCCUACAAAAAUGACAAAGAAUAUUUCGCGCCAGAAGACAUUUUAAGUCACAAACAAAUUAACGAUAACAUACUGUAUUUGGUGUCUUGGAUUGAUUUAAAAGGCAACCAAAUCAAGAGUAAUUCUUGGGAAAUACCGAGAAGUAGAGAAAUGUUGCAUCUGGCAAUAAAUUAUGAGCUAGACACUAUAAUGGCUAUAAUGAAAGAAAAACGAUAUCUUUCUCCUUACGUUAAGCUGAAAAGGAAACCGAUAUUUUGGAAAUCUCCAGGAUAUUUUGGUAUUAGGAACUGGAAGUACCUCAGUACCCCUAAGAUCGUGGGGGCUACGUAUUUGGCCCACCCUACAGACAUUUAUUUUUUCGUGAAAUUCAGGGAAAUUCAUCAUUUAUUCAUUGUCAAAAAAGAAGUUGCGAUUGAGAAGUGCCCUUUACAAGUGAUGCGCUAUUACAAAAAAAUAUUUUAUGACAAAUCUUAUAUUUAACAAUAUAUAAAGCCAUUAUAUCUAAUAAGUACAGUAUUUUUGUGUGA